AGAGUACGACGUCAAGGUUACAAUAUCUUUAGGAUUGAAUAGGUUGUAUAUGAUUGUCUGUAUCCUAUAAUGUUAACCAAAGUUAACGUCUUUAAUUGAUAUAAGCCAUCAAAUAUGAGCGAAAUUUGUAGUAUCUGAAAAAGGUAGCGAGCCGAAACUGGACUCUUCCUUAAUGGCAAACACAACAAGAAAUCUUCUUCUCUUUAGUCUUUCAUGUUUUAUCCCCUUGCUUUUUAGACCUACAUGUUCUCAGAUAGCCACGAUAUCCCAUGGCCAACAGCUGAAACAGGAUCAGCAGUUGGUUUCAACUUCUGGAAUGUUCAAGUUAGGAUUCAAAUCUGUGCACAAGGAUAAUUCCUACUUGGGAAUAUGGUACAACGGGGAAGAUGACAAUCUACUUUGGGUUGCCAAUCGGAACACCCCAACAUUUGGCAGUACCGGGAUUCUUGAGAUAGAUGAUCGGGGCAGCUUGAAAAUUUUACAUCAAUCGGCAGACCCUGUGGUACUGUACUCUGUUGAAGAACCAAGUAACACCAGUGCUACUCUAGAGGAUUCUGGCAAUUUCGUGCUACAUGAACUGAAUAGGGAUGGGUCUGUUAAGCGGCUUCUAUGGGAAAGCUUCGAUUACCCUACAGAUACGCUUCUUCCAGGGAUGAAACUUGGGAUCAACUCCAAGACUGGUCUCAACUGGGCUCUGACAUCAUGGAGAAGUGAUAAGUCCCCUGCAUCAGGGUCUUUUAGCCUUGGGUUGGACCCUAGUGAUUCAACUCAGUGGGCUAUAUGGUGGCGAGGGGAAGUCUACUGGAAAAGUGGGUCUUUUCAACAUGGGUUUCUCGAGGUCUUCUUAUCCAAUAGUUCCUACGAUUUCUUUUACGUUUCGAAUGAGAAUGAAACAUACUUCAAUUAUACUGUGAAGAAAGCAGUUACCAUUUUCCCAAGGUUGAAACUGAAUUCGGAGGGUGAACUCGUGAGUUACAAGGCGGAUUCUGUGGCUUCACAAGUUUCAUGUACCAAAAACAUGAGCAUAGGGUGCAUGAAACUGAACGUACCUGAGUGUAGUAGAAGCUUGGGAAAUAACGUUUUCCAGCAGCAUGUGGGUUACAUUUCCAACACCGGGUUUAAAUUCAGUGAGACCGACAACCUGUCCCGAAUUGAUUGUCAGGCCAAGUGCUUGGACGAUUGUUCUUGUGUGGCAUAUGCUUCGAAAAAUGAUGAUGGGACCGGCUGCGAGAUUUGGAGCACUGGAGUCAGUUUUACUGAAUCAGUUACCGGAGAUAAUAAGCCUGAAGUCAAGCGUGAAGUAUUCAUUCUUGAACCAAGAGAGAACAAGUGGUGGAUAUGGCUGAUCGCAUCGGUUGGCGUAGUUAUGAUUGUACCCCCAGUAUGCUCAAUAUGUUACAAAAUAUGGAAAAACAGCAACAGAGGAGGAGUUGGAAAGACGAACCAAAGGGUGCUGUUUGAUGAAAUUGGAGGUGGUGCAAUGGCUUCAACCAAGAAUGACACUUUGAUAAGUCGCAGAACAGAUGGACAUGAUAAGCAGUUGGAUGUGUUCAGCUUUGAAAGCAUUGUUGCUGCUACAAAAUGUUUUUCAGUAGGAAACAAGCUAGGAGAGGGCGGCUUUGGUCCGGUCUAUAAGGGAAAACUUGUGGAUGGGAGAGAAAUAGCAGUAAAGAGACUUUCAAGUCAUUCAGGGCAAGGAUUGGUGGAGUUCAAGAAUGAAGCCAUACUCAUUGCAAAACUACAGCACACCAAUCUGGUGAGACUUUUAGGAUUUUGCAUUCAAGUGGAAGAAAAGAUGUUGAUUUAUGAAUACAUGCCUAACAAAAGUUUAGAUUUCUUUAUCUUUGAUUCCGAAAAGAAAUACAUGUUAAAUUGGAAGGAACGCCUCAACAUAAUUGAAGGGAUUGCUCAGGGACUAAUUUAUCUCCAUAAAUAUUCAAGACUCAAAGUGAUUCACAGAGACUUAAAGGCUAGCAAUAUUUUACUUGACCAUGAGAUGAUCCCAAAGAUAUCUGAUUUUGGCAUGGCUAGAAUAUUUGGAUUAAAUGAAUCUGGAGCAAAUACUAAAAGAGUUGCUGGAACAUUUGGCUACAUGGCUCCAGAAUAUGCCAUCCACGGCAUUGUGUCAACGAAAACUGAUGUGUUUAGCUUUGGAGUCCUACUACUAGAGAUUGUGAGUGGCAAGAAGACCAAUAGUUGCUAUCAUCCAGAACGUCCAUUGAAUCUUAUAGGUUAUGCAUGGCAACUUUGGAACGAAGGUCAAGGUACAGUGCUUAUAGAUCCGAUAUUAGAUGAAUCCUGCAAUCAAAAUGAAGCACUGAGAUGCAUUCAUGUAGGCCUCUUGUGUGUGCAAAACCAUGCAAUAGAUAGACCCACAAUGGCAGAUGUUGUUUCAAUGCUUUCAAACGAAACUGUACAGCUACCAGCACCGAAGCAACCAGCGUUUUUCAUUUAUGCAGCAGAAGAAGAGGCAGAUAUAGAGCAUUUGGGAGUAAAAUGAGCGAAAAUCGAAAAAUUGGAGUAAGAUACAGGAGCCACACGGGUUGACUCAUUCCACACCUCUUGGCCACACGGUCAUGUGGUAGGUCAUGUCUAUUUUGCGAAUUUGAACCCUAAACUGUGGGAAAUCACAUUUUUUAGGUUUUUCGGGCCUAAGACAUAUAUAUGACAAAAAUAAAAAGAUUAGAGUGAAUCAUAUAGAAUAUUCAAGAAAACAGCUCAAAAAACACUAUUGAAGUCAAUUCUGAAGCAAAUUUCCGUCAAGAUUGAAGAUUCCAGUUGAUUUCUUAGAAGAUUAUCAUGAGUUUUUUUUGUUUCUUUUGGUUAUACUGUUUCUUUGAUGAUUUUAUUUUUAAGUAUGAAUUAAUUUUCUAAAUACCUAAGGAGAUGAACUCUAUGGUGAAUUUUGUCUUUUGAUUUAUAUUUUAUGCAAUAAAUAAUUAGAUAUUGUUUUCAA